UCUUAAUAUUCUUGUUGUGUUUGGUUAUAGGUUUAAUCAUUAUAAUAAUAUAUACGAUCCGAAUGUUAUGUUAUCUUAUGCUAUACUACCCAUCAUCAUCCUUUCAAAAGUUAUUAUCGAAUCAUGUGUGCGUGAAAUUCAAACUUUUAUUUUAUAAUUUAAUUCCAACAAUAACAAAACUUUAUCAUUCUAUUUUCCCUUUCUGGUUUACUGUUUUGUCAAAAAGGUUAAUAAUCAAUAAUCAAAUCACAAUCGGUGUGUCAAGACAUUGUAGUCUUCUUGCUGUUCUGGGUAGUGAGUUACAUGACAGUAAACAGAAGCAGAAGCAGGGUACUGUUUCUGAGGAUCGAUUUUCGGCGUACCCCUUUCCGGAGCUUUCUUCGUCCGGGCGGCUCGAGGUUAAAGUAUUGAGAAAACCUAGUUUCGAUGAACUCGCUCGAGUUUUUGAGCAACUGCAACCGGAUUUUGUUUACCUGCAAGGUCAGCGGCUAGAUGAUAGGGGGGAAGUUGGGUCUCUUGUGUGGGAAGAUUUUGACCUUUCUUCCCCGGAAGCUUUGUGUCGAUUAUUUUCUUCCAAAUUACCUAAUACUGUUUAUUUGGAAACUCCAAAGGGCGAAAAGUUGGCAGAGACGCUACAUUCCAAGGGAGUUCCUUACACUAUAUACUGGAAAAAUGAAUUUUCAAACUAUGCAGCUUCACAUUUUCAUCAAGCUUUUUUCUCAGUGGCACAGAGUACUUCCAGUCAUACAUGGGAUGCUUUCCAACUUGCUCAGGCAUCUUUUAGACUUUACUGCGAGCAAAACAAUGCCGCUCCCAACAGUCGGAAAGGCGGUGAUAAGCUUGGGCCACAAAUUCUUGGGGAACCUCCUACCAUUGAAGUUAGUCCAUGUGAAAUAGACACGAAGGAAGAAGAAGAAGAAGAUUCACAAGAGUCUAGUUCUUCUAUAAGGAUAUAUGAUAAUGAUGUGAAUACAAGAUUUCUUGUUUGUGGAUUUCCCUGCACAUUGGAUGCGUCUUUAUUGGGGUCGUUAGAGGAUGGACUCAAUGCUCUCCUAUGUACCGAAAUACGUGGAUGUAAACUUCAAAGUCGGACAAGUGCCCCACCACCACCUCUCCAAGCAGGAACAUUCUCUCGUGGCGUGGUGACCAUGCGUUGUGAAAUAUCCACAUGCAGCUCUGCUCAUAUAUCACUUCUAGUGUCCGGUAGUGCAGAUGCUUGUUUCAAUGAUCAGCUUUUGGAGAAUCAUAUUAAGAAAGAACUCACCGAGAAUAGUCAACUUGUCCAGGCAAUUCCUGGUCACGAACAAAAGAAAUUACCUUCAUAUGAACCUCGAAGAUCAGCCUCAGUUGCGUGUGGAUCUUCUGUGUUUGAAGUUUCUAUGCGAGUUCCUACAUGGGCUUCGCAGGUUCUGAGACAACUUGCAUCAAAUAUGUCAUACCGCUGCCUAGUUAUGUUGGGAGUUGCUAGUAUUCAAGGACUGCCCGUUGCAUCCUUUACUAAAGAUGAUUCAGAGCGUCUUCUUUUCUUUUGUAAUCAGCGAGAGAAAGACAACUACUCCAAAGACAUCAUUGUCUCGGGUCAUCCUAGUUGGUUGGUGCCUCCCGCACCUAGUCGAAAAAGAUCUGAACCAGGCUCUAGUUUUAAAACUAUUAAUGCUAGCGGCAUGGAAGUUGAAGAUAUUUGCAGCGUUAGACAAAAAUUAAGUUUUGCUGCAAUGAGGCCAAUCCCUCAGUCUCAUCGUCAAAAGGUUCUCCCUUUUUCUGGAUUUUCUGAGGGAGAAAGAUACGAUGGUGACCAUGGAAAAUCAAAUCAGCUUCUUGUUCCAAUUAAGCAUAAUGGUUUAGGUCUUCAUUCAGCCACAAACAGAAAGUCCGUGUCAAACUCGUUUCAAGCUCACCAGAUAAUUUCUUUGAAUCCAAUACCGAUGAAAAAACAUGGUUGCGACAGAGCUCCAAUACGAGCUUGCUCAGAGGAAGAAUUCCUGAAAGACGUAAUGCAAUUUCUAGUCCUUCGAGGGCAUACUCGCCUCAUUCCACAAGGCGGGUUUGCUGAGUUUCCUGAUGCCGUUCUGAAUGCUAAACGCCUUGACCUUUUCAACUUGUACAGAGAGGUUGUUUCAAGAGGAGGCUUUCACGUCGGGAAUGGUAUCAAUUGGAAAGGACAAGUUUUCUCAAAGAUGAGCAAUCACACUCUAACUCACAGAAUGACAGGUGUUGGCAAUACACUCAAGAGACAUUACGAAACAUAUCUUUUAGAAUAUGAAUUAGCUCAUGAUGAUGUAGAUGGAGAAUGCUGCUUAUUGUGUCACAGUAGUGCAGCAGGUGACUGGGUGAAUUGUGGUAUGUGUGGUGAAUGGGCUCAUUUUGGCUGUGAUCGGCGGCAGGGGCUAGGAGCAUUUAAGGACUACGCCAAAACUGACGGGCUCGAGUACGUUUGUCCGCACUGCAGCAUAUCAAAUUUCAGCAAAAAAACGCCAAAAACUACAAAUGGUUAUUAACAGGUUACACAACGCCGUUUCAUUCCCGGAGCCAAUGUACAUGGCUAGUGUUAACAAAUUUUCUUCUGUUUGUGUUUGAUCCUCAAUUGAGAAAUGUAGGUUUGUAGGAGUGCAAUUGUUUUAGUCUUGUUAAUUAUGAUUCUGAAUUUUAACUCAUUAUAUAUGGCCACAAAAAAAAGGCCAUUAAAAUUUUCAAGCAUUACUGAUAUAUAUGUUGUCUAGAGAAAGAAAUACAGGAAAAUAUUUGUAUAUUGAAUGAUUUUCCUCAAACUCAAUUAGUUUACUUGAGUUGCAGAGAUUGCAAUAUGGUCCA